UAGAUAAAGAACUAGGGUUUUUACUCGCAUGGCCGAUCGCGCGCUCCAAUCUCCGCUGCGGCGAGUGAUCGCGUCUUGUCCACUCCAGAUGAAGGAAUACGGGCAAUGCGUCGCCGGCAAGGCCGCGGCGAUUGAGAAGGGGAUGUGCGAGAAGGAGUUCCUGGCGCUGAGGGCUUGCAUGAAGAAUGUGCUCAGGGGUAAAUAAUGGUCUUUGCGAAGCUAGAAUGGCUCUUGGGUCUUACGAUAGCGGAUCGGGCGCCAUGUCUCAUGCAUACAUCCAGUAUCCACCAUUUAGAUGUGAUAUUCCCGGAGCUCUGGGAGUAACUUACGACGACGCAAACAAGCUGCUGCUAGUCCCUACUCUUGGGGAGAUUUAUUCCUGGUCUGUAAGCUCUGAUACUUUACCUUCGGAUCCAGUCGUUGUGAAGAUAAGCCAGGGCCCUGUUCUUGGCGUGAGGUUCUCGCUCGACUGUAAGAUCCUGGCCAUUCUUAGAUCCAACACGGAGAUCGAGUUUAUCAACCGAGAAGACUGUAACUCCUUUAAGCAGUCGUGCAAGAGUUCCAGUGAGAGGAUACUUGGUUUCUUUUGGACCGAUUGUCCGGACUGUGAUGUGGUGAUCGUGACAACAAGUGGUCUGGAGCUGAAUUCCUUGUGUCUUGGGAAGGGGAAGUUGAAGCUGGUUGAGAAGAAGAAGCAGUCUGUCAGCUGGUUUGUUUACACGCACGAAAGUCGCUUGGUACUUUUGGCAUCUGGGACGCAGUGCAAAACACUCUCUGGCUACCAGUUCUCCGCAGGGGGGAUUGUCCGGCUUCCUAAAUUCGAUGCAAACUUCACCAAAUCUGAGAAUCACCGAACUUUUGUUUUGUCCUCGGAGAAUGUGUUCAUUGCUACCAUGUACGGAAGGCUGUACUGCUUGCAGACUGAUCCUUUGGCUAAGAUGCUUCAUAUCCACAGAUUCUACCGUGAUGCUGUCAUUUCGCAGGGCUCCUUACCAACAUAUGCGUCAAAUGUGUCUGUCAGCGUUGUUGACAACGUACUUCUUGUUCAUCAGAUUGAUUCCAAAGUGGUGCUGCUCUAUGACAUCCUUGCCAACACAAAAGUUCCUAUAUCUGCGCCAUUGCCUCUUCUUUUGCGGCAGUACAAACCAGCCAACAGUCCGGAAAAGCCAGGAGCAGACGAAUCAAGUCUCUAUGGAGAAGGUUGGGUCUUUGUUAACCCUGACGUCAUUUUGGACCAUACUCACGGGCUUUUGUGGAAGAUCCAACUUGACUUAGAGGCUGUUGCAGCUAGCUCAUCGGACGUUUCAUCUCUUUUAGCUUUCCUUCAAAGGCGUAAAUGCGAGGCUGCGAAGGCGAAACAGCUAUCGUGCUCUAUUUUGCGCUCCAUUAUUAUGGAGAGGAGAUCUCUUUCCCAGGUUUCUUCUGCCUUAGAUGUCUUAACUUCCGCCUUCGGUCAUGUGAAGCGUUCCUCAAGCAAGGGUACCCCAAUAGGAAGGAUGUCGUCAAUGCCAUUGAUUCUAACUCCAGGCAUGCAACCUGCUGCAUUUGCUACUGCCCUAGCUAUAAGCAACGCAGCAGAACUUUCUUACGGGAGUCUUCGAGCUAGUUCCGCAAGAGCUUUUAUCAACGGCGAACAAGAGAUUCGUGAACCUGAGCAAGAAAGUAGCAGCAUUAGAUUCUCGGAAACGGAAAAUCAAGCUGCCAGUCCACAUGUUUCGCCUCAGGAAAUGCUAGACAACGUGUUCGCUGUAAUCGACGAAGGAAUGGCAGUUGAAAACAGCUUUUUGGUAGCUGUUAUGGUACAGUAUUUGCGGAGUGCAAGAGCUGAGCAACUAACAAUCCCACCAGGACUCUAUGUUCUUCUUGUGCGACUGCUUGCAAGAGACAAGUGCUAUGCUAGGAUUCAGCAUAUUGUUGCUGAUCAGGUAGUUGAGCCAUCAAAAGCCCUUGCUCUUGAGUUGCUGGACAUUGGAGCGCAAUGUUCUCAACUCGAAGAAAUCGGAACGGACAUGUUGAGGCAGGUGCAUGCUCACAAAGAUUACCUUGAGCGUCUUUUGCACAAAGGUAGGCUCUUGGAAGGUCUACGGUAUAUACGUCAGAACAAGGUUGAGUCGCCACCCUGUGUGCGAUUUCUCGAAGCGGCUGCUGCAAAGGAUAACUUCGUGCUGCUUGCAUCAGUGCUAAGAUUUUGUUGCGAUUUUGUUUCCACUUUCGAGCACACGGCCGAGUUUGAGAAGUUUUAUUCCAUUCUCAAGCGGGACUCUAGUAAGUAGGCACCUGUAAAUAUCAAACUUCGUGAGGCAGGAGGAAUAUCAGGUGUCUUGCUAUCA